AUAGUCACCAGAGACAAGUGAGCGUUCAUAUGUCAUUGAUGAAUCAGGUCAAAAAUAUAUUUUAUAUUUGGUCAUUUUAUAGCGUACAUUGUGUUAGUUGGGUCGAAUCUUUAAAAAUCGACUUACUACUGUAUUGCUACAAAAAAUUUUGAAUAUAAAAUGCCGAAAACACGAAAUGUUUAUAAAGAAGGAACAAAAAUAGUGUCGAUGUGUCGGGUUUGUUUAACUCAAAGUAAAAGCAUCAUGUUCAAGUUAACCGAUAAGUUAAAAGGUGAGAAUAAUUUACAAGCGAAAACUUAUUUGGAAGCUUUAGAAAAAACAACAUUUUCGAGGGUAAAAUUAGACGGAAAAUACCCGGAAAGUAUCUGCCCGAUGUGUGUAAGUUUUCUUAAAAUGGCUUUACAAUUCAUAACGCAAUUCAAAGAUUCACAAAAGAAAUUGAAAGAUAUUUUUAAUAAUUCAACUCCCGCUUAUUAUGACACCAGUGAAAUAAAUUGUGAUAAAUCAGUUAAUAAAAUAAAAAAUUCAGAUUCAUCUGUUGAAUUGAUAAUUAAAGAUCAAAGUUAUAGUUUGAACGAACUGGUCGUAGUAGAAAAUCCUGAAUCAGAAGAACAGGAUUAUAAGAGUUUUAUCAAUAAAUUGGGGAAAGAAAUAUCUGCUACUAUCGUUAAUAAUUCAAAUAUUAAAAUUGAAAAUUGUGAUGAUAAUAUAGAGUAUUAUCAAGAUGAUAUGGGUAAUAUUAAAAGUGAAUGUAUGGAAGAUGAAAAUGCCGAAGAGAUAUUGGAGUAUGUAGUUGAAGUAGAAGGCGACGAAACUGAAAAUGAACAAAGCAUCGAAGAAGAAGAUGAAGAAAUCGAUGGAAAUGAUAAAGAUUCAUAUAGCAACGAAAACAGUGAAACUAAAUCGGAUUCGGAAAAUUUGAAACGGAGUAUUUUCCAAAUGGAAUCAAAUGAUAAUUUGGAGUACAUAGAAAUCGAUUCCUACGAUAAAACCACCAUAGAAUCCUUUAUUAUAAAUCGAGGCGAAAUAGACGAUGACUAUGAAACAGAUCCACCGAAAAGGAGAAGAACAAGGAAACGUAAGAAAAUCGACGAACCGAAGGACGAAUUCGAACGGGAAGUCAAAUUUCCUUGCAGCAUAUGCAAGAAAAUUUUCCCUUCAAAUCGUUCUUUGAACAAUCAUUGCAGGAGAACGCACACCCAGAAAAACGAAAAGACAUUCACGUGCGAAGUAUGCGGAACUAUUUGUGAAACUAGAUCAAAAUUCGUUAAUCACAAGCUGCGCCACGCCGAUAAACAGUUCAAAUGCGAUCAAUGCGAUAAAACUUAUUCUACUAAAGCCCAUCUUAAAGUACAUCUAGGUGUUCACGCGAACGUUAGGCCUUAUUUGUGUAACGUAUGCGGUAAAGAUUUUAAUUACGCCAACGCUUUGACUUACCACAUGCGGUUGCAUACAGGGGAGAAGAAUUAUCAUUGCGAAUAUUGUUCCCAGAGGUUCAGGAUGAUUAAUUCGUUGAAUAGGCAUCUUAGGACACAUACGGGAGAAAAACCGUACAAGUGCCAAUAUUGUGGAAGGAAUUUUUCGUCUAAAGGGGAGGUUGUAUGUCACGAAUAUAUCCAUACCGGUUACCGUCCCUACCAUUGUAAAUACUGUAAAAAGGGUUUUUCCAAAACGCACAAUCUAAAAAUUCAUUUGUUAUCACACGGAGGACCUUACGGUUGUAAAUUUUGUAAUAAGACUUUUAUCGAAGAGAGCAUUCUAAGUAUGCACCAUAAAAUAGCCCAUCGAGAUUUGAUGAGGGAAAAUGAGGAGAAUGAAGACUUAAAUGAAGGUUACGACGAAGUUAUUGCGAUUAUAGAAGAUGAUUCUAAUUUGGAGUUUGUUGAAGCUGAAGACGAUGAGGAUUUGUACACUGAAUAAUUUAUCGUUUGUAAAUAUAUUGUAAUAUAGUAAUUUUUUUAUCUUUAU